CUAGCUAUUUCUUCUCUUCUCCCUCACCAUUUCGUCCCACUCUCUCCAUCCAUCCCUCUUUGCCUCUCCCAUUCCUCUCCUCUUAUUAUCUCUGCUUUCCUCUGUUUCACAAACUCUAUUCCGGUGCAAGGUGAUUCGGCUCCAGAUCGAUAGAAAUCAAGAUUGUAAUCUUCUUUCUUCUACUGCCAAUUGGAACACAGAUAUAUUGACCAACAAUGUUCUGCUUUGUUUAAAUGCGGUGUGUCUUUGGAGAUGAGAUUUUUCAGAGCCUCUGCUUGAUGGAUUGUUCAACCAGCUGCAGUGAUAAGAAAACAUUGAAAAAGUGGUUUUUCAUUGAUAAAAGGGUUGGAUAAACAAUUUUGUACACUCAUCUUAUUAGCUUUUUAGAAACAUAAAAAAAACUGCUUGAGAAACAUUAGGAAGUGGUUGGCACCUAUGGAAUUGAAUUCAGCUACCGCUUCUCCUGUUAUUACUACUGACCCUUCAGCACUAAACAAGUCAUGGUUAGGGAUUCAUUCUGCUGCUGUGUUGCCUUAUUCUCAAUCCGCUGCACCAUUCGCCACUGCUAUGUUAACGGUUCCGGCUCGGAAGAAACCUGGAAAACUUGAUGAUGUCCGGUCCAACGGUUGGCUCGAUGCAAUGAUUUCUUCUUCACCUCCUCGAAAAAAGAUCGUGAAGGACUUGAGCGUUGAGGCUGUUAUUGAUGAUGCUGAUGUUGAGUAUGUUUGUUGGAUGAUCAAGUAUCCGUCAGCCCUUAACUCGUGUCAGUGCAUUCUUAACAAAGCGAGGAAUAAGAAGAUCGUGGUAUUUUUAGACUAUGAUGGAACUCUUUCUCCAAUCGUAGAUGACCCUGACUGUGCUUUUAUGUCUGAUGAUAUGCGUGCUGCCGUAAAAACCACAGCAAAGUAUUUCCCCACAGCAAUCAUCAGUGGCCGAAACCGUGAUAAGGUUUAUGAAUUGGUAGGACUAACUGAAUUAUAUUAUGCUGGGAGUCACGGCAUGGACAUCAUGUUUCCCGCCAAAGGCAAAGUGCCUUAUACCCAUGCCAAUUGCAUAAAGUCCACUGACCAACAAGGUGAGGAAAUACAUUUGUUCCAGCCUGCUCGUGAAUUCAUACCAAUGAUCAACGAGGUUUUUAAAACCCUAACUGAGAACACUAAAGAUAUUAAAGGUUCUAAGGUUGAGAACCAUAAGUUUUGUGCUUCUGUUCAUUACCGUAAUGUAGAUACAAAUAGUUGGCCUGCAGUAGCUCAAAUAGUGCAUGAUAUCAUGAAAGAUUACCCUAGACUUUGUCUCACUCAUGGACGGAAGGUUUUAGAAAUUCGUCCUAUAAUUGAUUGGGAUAAAGGAAAAGCUGUGAAUUUUCUGCUUGAAUCACUGGGUUUGGGCAACAAUCAGGAUGUGCUUGCUAUUUAUAUUGGAGAUGACAGAACAGAUGAAGAUGCCUUUAAGGUAUUGCGAGAGCGAGAGAGAGGUUACGGAAUUCUGGUUUCUGCUGUUCCCAAGGAAAGCAAAGCUUUCUUUUCUCUCAAGGAUACUUCACAGGUGAAAGAAUUUCUAGAGUCUCUUGUGCGAAUGAAAGAAGGGAAAACAGCACUUUAAAGCAUUAAGAGGAGCACUCACUACUAUAUAUUGUCAUAAAGCUGUUGACAUUACUUCUGGCAUUUAGAUAGCCUUUUAAUUUUCUUGUUCAGUGUUUAAUCCUGGAAACGUUUUCCUUACUAAUUGAUUUUUUAGGCUUUAUGUUUUGGUCAAGUAGAGUUCCAGAAUGGGCAUCGCCGCAUCGUCCAUUUUGUUCUUGUUGGAUGAUAGUUCAUGCAUGAAAAAACAUUGGAAUACCAACGCGUUCUAGGCGAUGUUUUGCUUCAUUAUCUAGGAGCGGAGGAAUUGAUCUUCUUAACAUUGAAACUUUCUGACCGAGUGGCCAAAUUUGUUAGGGUGUAGAACAGCUGAACAGGGGUUGCCCGUUGGAUUAUGAUUAAGGUGUAGCCUUCCUUCUUCAAUAGCGUAUUUAUUUUGAACAAAUUCUUUGGAAUCCAAUCAAUGAGAUUCAUCCAGCCCUUGUUCUCAUUUGGGAUUAUCUUACUUUACAAACUUUUUGUAACGUAUUUUGAAAUAGCG